UUGAAUUUCCUUUUCCAUUUAUCUGUCUUUUCCGUGAAGGCUUCAUAGAUUUACAAUAUUUUAUGAUAAAAUCAUCUUGAUACUGUUUAUCUGGAUUUUUAUAAAACUGUUCAUUGAACAUUUGUACAUCCCGUAUCGAUAAAUUAACACAUUGAUAAGAUUUACUAUUAUGUCUGCAAGGAUAUCUUUGAGGUAAAGCCCUUGACGAAUAUCUGCAAUAAAAUAAUAUAAUAGGUACAUAUGUAGGUAUAUGUUUAAUAACAUAGUUUGACCCGUCCUAGUUCCGCAGGUAUUAGAAUUCUGACUUAAAGUUACAUAAUUUAGAGGACCCUGUGUGUUAUUCCUUUCAUACAUGCCGCGGGGCGCGUCGCGAACGCGAAUGUUUGUAAGAAUGGAAGGAUGGAUGGGUGUAUGUAUGUUUGUUACUCUUUCGCGUAAAAACCCCCGGACGGAUUUGGAUAGAAUUUGAUCAAUACUGAAUAACUUUUGUUCGACGACUUUUUGAAAUUCGAUAUAUUUUUUAUAAAAAAAUUACUGCCGACUUAUCGGUCAGCGCCUCAGGCACCUAGGUGCAAGCCCCGCCUCCCUCGCCCCACACUCUCGCCCGCGGCGCUCCAGAUGCAACGUAAAGGAGGCCAUAGACAUGCAUUGCAUGUCAAGGUCUUGAGCGGUCAAAAUUAUUUUUGUAUGAAAAAAAUUAUUGAAUUUCAAAAAGUAGAACAAAAGUUAUUCAGUAUUGAUCAAAUAACACACCUGUAAAAGGUUGUCAGCAUAUUACAAAUAACUCUGUAUAGAUAGCUGAAUACUUAAAUAACACAUAGGUUACUUUUAAUCCCAAUAUUCCCACGGGAUCGGGACUUACGCGGGUAAAACCGCGAGGCGCAGCUUUUAAAACAUAAAUCCAUAGGUAGUAGGUAUUUACAUAUACACUUAGAAUUAUAAUGAUAUUGUAUUAAAAUAAAUUAUAAGUUACAACAAACUCUUUUCAAUUAAUAUGUAUUGAAUUAUAUGUAAUAAAUAAGUUAGAAAAAUUAAGUAACUAAAAAUAAAAAGAAAGAAAAAAAUAACACGCGGUAACGGCAACAAUAUUUUGCACAACCCUAUAGCCUUAUAUUGGUAGCAAAUUCUUCGAAUAUACUAACCUUUUCUUUUUCUUUUCUUGCUUAUCAUUAGGUCCUCCUGUAGAUUUUCUUUUUCUAGGUUGAUCGCCAGGUACUUCUUAAAGGUUUUUUUCCAUAUUAUACUCAAAUUUAAAAACUUUUUCCUUAAAAAAUCCCUUUAUUUGUACCUAAGCACAUCAACACACCAUCAUUUUACUCGAGUAGGGUAUUGUAUGACCAUAACAAAAUGGCGUACCCGGUUAGACGCGCUGUGAUUGGUUGAAAUGGAUUUGACCAGUUAUGAAUGGAAGACUGGCGGGAAUAGGCUAAUUUUGAAAAUAAGGUCUGUUUAAAAUCUUCGUUUUAACAGGUUUAAGUUGUAUUUGGCCUCAUUUGAAUAAAAGGAUUUUGGUAAGAAUUUUCAGUAGAGACAUCUGGCAUAAAUAAUACAAAACUGUUAUAUUUGGAUUUGACCAUUAUUGAAAAUUAGCUCCUGAUUUAUGCUUGGAAUGGAUGACGAAUCUACAACUUUUAUUCUAGGGUUCGAGUUUUAGGGUUCCAGUGGGUCCGAGACCAAAUAAUUUAUGACAUACUUUUCCUUUCUGUAGCUCCUUUCUUUUUUAAAAAAUAUUGUUUGGUUAUUUUUCAAACGCCUAUUAAGACUUUCUUUAAUAACUUCUAUCAAUACAUUGCAAUAUGUAGGGUUAUCCAUUUACGAACUGCUUAGAAUUCUUUGGGGUUCCGCUUGACCUCUGCAUUUGCGUUUACGAUUUUGACGACUAGGAAUAACAGAUUUGAUCCCACCAAUAUCAGUCGUAUUAUUUACUACGUGUAUAAUAUUGUUUUGUCUUUUUAUCCCAGAAUGAAGAACGUUUUGGGUCAUAAAAUAAUUUAUUUGGAUAUUGAUUCUUGUUUCCGAAGUUGAAAAGUCACUUGGUGAUAUAUACGUGAUACAUUCGUCUGGUGCAGGCACAUAAUGUGUAAGCCAAUCAUGUAUUUCGCAUUUUCUGUUCGCCGCUGUCGAAACACGAUUUAAUUGAUUUAAGUGGGUAGCUGGUAUUAUCCAUUAUAAUAAGAGAGGCUCUUCCAAGCUCAGCAGAAAUCGGCACUCAGUGAAUCCCUAAGCGUCCAUUUCAGUGAGGUAAUCUUUAUUUUUUGAUUUUACUGCGCGAAAUACCCAUUUUGCAUGUGUUCAAAAUUCAUAAUUAGAGCAUCCGGCAUCGCAAAUUAUAAGCCUGCUUCUUUUGCCGAUUUAAUUAUUUAAAUCACCUUUUUCUUCAUCAUCAACACAAACACGGUUUCUGGAAUGGUUCUGCUUCACCCAAGUCUUGUCCAAAUAAAUACGCGGGCGUUUGUCAUUCGAUUUCUUAAUUCGUCAAGUUUUCUCUAAAAUUUUAAUCUAGCACAAACAAUAUCGCUUCUGUCAAUCAAUUGCUUGCGUCUAUCAAGAAGCUGUUUUGUAUUUGUAUUCGAGGUCGAUCAUGACGUUUCGCACACAAUUAUGACUGCAUUUAAGUCCAUCGAUGCUUUCUUUAGCCUUUUCUAAGUGUUUUUUUAUGGAGGGUACUCACCAUUAGAAUAUCCUUUUGUCAAAUUCUGAUCCUUUGUAAUACUAACUGUCAAUAAUCAUCCAAGAAUGUCUCGUUCCAUCUUCAAUAACACUUUCUUAUUUUUAUCUUUGUUCUUUAGAACUUUUGUGAUACACUCAGAUGCAAAAAUAAAAAAAACUGAGAUAUGGGAUUUUCAAAUCUUCCAGCACCUGAGCAGCGUUUGGAAAUACUUUUUGUUGAUGACCUUUUUAAUGUUUAGUAGAUAAUUGGUACCAUUUUCUGAUGCCGCUUUGCCUGUUUAAAUAUUAAUGUAAACAAUAUAAUGUAUCGUCUCUUCUUGACAGGCCAAUAUUUUCUUUUAGACCUGUUAGAAUUUUUGUCCUCAUGCUGUGACUAAGAGCCCAUUUUCGUCGAGCUGAUAUUACUUUUACUGCAAGAUUGUUUUCUUACGAAAUAAAAAAAUGCAUCCUGAGAGUGUUGGUGUAUCAGAUAAUUGACUAUUAGAGUCUGUAUUAUCAACAUCAACAUUUUCAGAAUUAAAAAAUUGCAAUUCAGAGCGACAGUGUACAUGUGUGACUGACCUAAAGGUUGACGCAUAAAAUGAAGGCUUAUCUCGCAAAGUUAAUUCAUACUCAUUUGUCUUCAUCGCGGACAUGUCAUGAAGAUCUUCUAUAAGAUGUUCAAUAACUUCCUCAUUCAACACAGUGUUCUUCUGGCAGGUCAUCUCGUGCUUGUAGCGGUGUAUAGUGUAUUUGGGGCAGUCCUUUAAGAGGUGGUCCACUGUUUGGGUGGUGGUGUUAUCGCAGGGGCAUGCGUCAUACAUGGUAUUGUUAAAAACUUUUUGAGGUAGGCUUUGUGGUAGCCGUGUCCGGUUAAUAGCUGGGUAAGGUGGAAGGUGGGGGCUAUAGAUUUCCAGAUUUCGCUUCUUUGAGUUCGGGGAAAAGACUUUUUGUGACCUGUAGAUCUACUUCGAAAAACGAACAUCGAAACGUCGUUCCGAAACGAAGAAACGUCGAACUUCAGAUUUAACCCUACUACCAAAUUACUUCGGAUCCGUCAUUGUUACUUUCGGAACCAUAAACAAUCGUUCGAAUGGAAAUAUUAUGUCGGAUUAGAGAUGUAUAUCUUCAAAAACCGUAAAUUUUUACCUAUCAUGAUAUUCUUGUGAAAAAAACAUAUAAAGUGGAUGUCUAAUCAGGUUUUCUGUAUUAUAAUUAUUAUUUCAUAACUGUAUAUUUAUUAGUUACAAAAUUACAAAUAUUUUUGCUGAUUUUGCAAUCUACGGUCUUAUUGCAUUGUGUUUUAAUCUGUGGAAUAUUUGAAUUUUUGACAAUUGAUGAACAUUGAGAAGUUGACUGGAGAAAAUCACAACAAAUUGGAAUUGUAAUUUACAAGUAAAAUUUAUUUAUUGUAUUGGUAAGUUUAUUAUUAAAAUGUUAUUUAUUCGCUUUAAACAAAUAUCUUUUCAAUUGCAAAGGCAGUUAUAGUGAAACAAAAAGCAAAUUCAUUGAUUUGAUUUAAUAAAAAAUCAUUAGUUUUUCCCAUCGAUAUAUACAAUGGUUUUGCCGGUAAAAUUUAUUGAAUCCUUGUGUGAAUUUUAUAUUUUUUUUUCAUCCCAGUAAGACUAAGAAUCUAUAUAUUUAUGUACUCUGUGUUAGGAUCUUUACAAUAAACAAUUAACAUUUUUCUUAUCAUUCCACCUAACAGUUUCAAGGAGAGUACGACGACGAGUGCGCCCAGCAAGGCUGGCGAACUUCUGUUAUCGGGUCCUUCGCCUUGACUGAACCGACAAAAAGGAAGUACUGGAGAGGAUCCUGAGAGAGUUUAAAGCUUUAAUGAAUGAAAAAAUAAAAAAAACUAAUAGAAAAAUUAUUGUAAUAAUGUUUUAUUUUCCGGUAACAUAUAUUUCGUAGUUAAUUUUCCAUGCUUGAUGAAGUGUUGGUUAUGGCAGCUCUAGCGAGUUGGUAGUCAUUUAAUUAUUCUAUUCUGAAACAAGAAAACAUAUUCUGUCUUAUUAAUAAAUUAUGAUUAGUGUUGGAUUAACUUUACUCCAAGACUUACGCUUAGAUUAGGCAAAUAACAUAUUAAUAAAUAUAGAGUAAGGACGGAGUUAACUAAUCCAAAUCUAAUCUCGGUUUAAAAGUUAUUCCGCGGAGCCGCAUGGUUCAGCGCUUGAGUAAGCAAAGAUUAUUAUUGUAUCCUCGUACAGAACAUAUUCAACAUAACAAUACCUUUUGUAGUCUUUGAAUAAAACCUUAAAAUAUUUUAAUGUUUGGUUGGUGCUCGAUCGUGUGUUAUAUUUGUUCAACUGAUUUAUUAAUAAUUGUGUAAUAAAAUGAACAGAGAUUAUUUUAUUGAUGAUUUGAGAAUGAUAGAAGAAAUAGAAGAAUCGUUUCCAAUAAUGAGUCGUGUAAAAUUGUACAAAGUUCGCAAUAACCCAUUUGAAGACUAUCAAGAUGAGUUUAAAUACAAAUAUAGAUUUACACGCUCCAUUGCGCAUUUAAUUAUUGAAAUGGUGAAAAAUGAUUUGGCUGGUUAUGCAAGAGGAGGCUUUAUACCACCUCACUUGAAAGUUUUAGCUGCGAUAAGGACUUCGGCUCGUGGAGAGAUUCAAGAUGAUGCAGGAGAUUUGAGCGACUUUAGCCAGUCGACGAUAUCCCUUGUAUGCAAACAAGUUGCAUUAGCAAUAGUUGCACACAGGGGUCAUUGGAUAAAAUUGCCUCAGUGACAGAGAACAGAACAGUAUUAUUGCUGGUUUCUAUGAAAUUUGUGGCUUUAGACAAGUUAUAGGAGCAAUUGAUUGUACUCAUAUCCGAAUUCCAAGAAUUGCAGGAGAUGUUGGAUAAUACUACAUAAAUAGAAAAGGAUACAGUUCAAUAAAUGUGCAAGUAAGUUUUUCGUUCUGUUUAGUAACAUUAGUAGGUAGUUUAGUUUUUAGUUUUUAUUAGUAGGUUAGAAUGCAUCCAAAGAUAUAAUGAAACUGAACAUACUGUGACAGGGUAUUCCCCAAAAUAUUUAUUAGAUGGAAAAAAUAUUGACGUUAUACCAGACGAACUGAAGCAAGAAAAAACAUUAAGUAAUCUAAUGGAAGAUAGAAAAAAUGCAUUAGAAAACACUAAAAUCCCAUAACUACAAUAAGAAAAUAUUUGAUAAAACAGAAAACAGUUAGAAUUAAAGGUAGGAGACUUUGUGUAUGUUGAAAAUGGAAAUCGAUUAAACAGGAAAAAAUUAGAUGAGAUAAAAAUUGGUCCAUACGAAAUUUUAGAAACAUUAUCAAAGACUGUUUACAGAAUAAAUACAGGUCAUAAGAAGGACGAAUCAAAUCUUUUUCACAUCACUAAACUUGUACCGGUAAUAAUAUAAAAAGGAAUGUAUAUUUGGAAAAAUUAAAGGGGGAGGGGGAGAUGUUAAUGAAGUUCUUAACACUUCAUUAAACAACUUGACCGUUAUUAGAACCUUAUAUAAUGAGAUAGGCACUUCCGAUUUCCGUUGUAUUUUACCUCCUUUUCUUCCUUGUAUUGCUGUCUCUUUCGCACCCCUCCUACCACUAGGCGUGGUGGGGGGCGCUGUGAACCUUAUGGUUGCAGCGGCCAUGAUCAUCAUUGGCUUGAAAAUUUCCGUUGUGUUAACUUGUGCUUUAAACGCAAACAAAUUGAUAGAACGCAUACUGUGUUAGUGCAGAACAAUACCGUUGAAGAUAAGUUUCGUUUUUGCCAUACGUCUAUUCACAAGUUGGUUGAUUGUAAGAAAUUUAAAAAAGCGUUACGGAAAGUCAGAUGGCAGUUUGUGAAACGUAGCGGAUUGUGUUAUAAAUGCCUAGUUUCACGGCACAAGCGAGAAUCCUGCUCCGCACCUGUGUGCGAUGUAAAUAAUUGUGGACAGUCACAUCAUAUGUUAUUGCAUUACGAAAACACGCAUAAUGAGUGCGGCCCCAUGCAUAAUGCCGACCCUAACCAACAAGUGGAUUUGUUGCCAUCGCGUAGUGAAACUAUAACGCAUAUUCUUAUAAACAACAACAAAGUGUUGCUAAAAACAGUUCCUGUAUGUGUUCACGGACUUAGUGGUGUAGUGAAUAUGGUGGCAUUAUUAGACGAUGGAUCUACCGUAUCAAUAAUAAGUGAUAGACUUUUAAAAACAUUGGGUGUACGUGGUUAUAAACAAACAAUGCGCGUACGGGGCGCCUGGAACGGUAGCGAAUUAGAGUGCAAUAGCGAAAUAGUGAAUCUUAAUGUGUCAAACAAGGACGGCAUGUUAUUUACGUUGCAAGCGCGUAGUGCCGGUGGACUUAAUUUACCUACGCAAUUUGUAUCAUUAAAUGAACUGAUGUACAGUGAACCUAUAAAAAAUAUAAGACAUUUAUUGUGUGAUGGACAGUGUAAACCUGAAAUAUUAAUCGGUCAGGACAACUAUCAUUUAUUAGUGCCUCUUGAAAUUACGUAUAACAAACCCGCCGGCCCGUAUGUGACUCGCACGACUUUGGGCUGGUGUGUACAUGGGCGCAUAUCUCCUGCGAUCGAGAAUAAGUCGCAUCACACAAUCCUAAACAUGACGGAUCAGAACGGUGACGAAAAACAGUUGGAAAUCAGCCGAAUUUUGCUUCGGUUACAAGAAGUACGCCGCUCAUUUACUAUUGAUGCAAUGGGCAUCACGCCGACGUCGUCCAGCCCCCGGCAGAAUUCUGAAAAUAUUAAAGCAAUAGAGCACUUGGAACGUACCUCUGUCUUGAAGGAUGGGCGUUGGUACGUUGGCUUGCCGUGGAAGGACAUCACCUGCAAAAUGCCCGAGUCCUACAACAAUGCCUACAACAGAUUAAAAGGUGUUCUGAAAAAGUGUAAGGCCAACAAAAAUUACGCAGCAAGAUACAGUGAGAGAAUUGAUCACCUGUUGAGAAAUAAUUAUGCUCACGAAAUAAAAGAUAAUAAGGUAACAUCAAACAUUUGGUACCUUCCACACUUUGGCGUAGACAAUCCGAAUAAGAAAAAGCUCCGGUUAGUAUUUGACGCCGCCGCCAAAAGUAAUGGAUGCUCACUUAACGACUACCUGAUAACGGGAUCCGACCUACUUAUAUCAUUGUAUGGUAUUAUGAUGAGAUUCCGAGAAAAUAAAGUAGCCGUCACCGGAGAUAUACGUGACAUGUUCUUACAAAUUAAAAUCAUACCUGAAGAUCAAAAUGUCUUACGUUUUUUAUGGAAAACAGUCGAGAGCAAAAAUGAUGAAAUCAAAACGUAUGCGAUGUCAUCUUUGAUAUUCGGAGCAAACUGUUCACCGUUUAUUGCUCAAUUUAUUAAAAAUAAAAAUGCAAAACAGUAUGAAUCAUCGAAACCAGAGGCGGUAAAUGCAAUAUACAAACAAUUCUAUAUGGAUGAUUACAUUGAUAGUUUCGAAGACGCUGCCCCGGCUAUACAAUUAAUAAAAGAAAUAUCCUAUAUACACAGACAUGGAGGUUUCGACAUAACUAACAGGAUGAGCAACAGUGAAGAGGUGUUAAAUAGUUUGCCUAAAGAAACCAUGUGCCCGAGUUCCGUAAAAUUUAAAAUAGGGCAAGACGGAGGCGAACGAACACUGGGAUUAAUAUGGUACCCUAACGAAGACGAGUUAGGAUUUGACGUGUCUUUCAAACGAAUCCCUGAAAAUAUAAUUGACGGUCUUAAACGUCCUACAAAGAGAGAGGUGUUACAAUUGGUUAUGUCGAUAUUCGAUGUGUAUGGGUUCUUAUCUCCAUUUACCAUAAAGGCUAAAAUAUUACUACAAAAAUUGUGGAAAUCAAACACAGACUGGGACGAUGAAAUACCGGAUGCAUUCUGUACGAAAUGGUUUAACUGGAUAACAUUAUUAAAGUGUUUACAUAACGUAAGAAUACCUCGCUGUUACCAUGCGAGUAUUCGAGAGAGCGAGACGGCAAAUGCACUUAAUGCACCGAAUAACAGCGAGCCUACGCUACGCGCCCCGCGCGCCAUUGAUAAGAGCGCUUCGCCUUCCGCGCGCGCAUCGCUUACGACUAGUUAUACAGAUCUACAGCUACAUAUAUUUUGCGACGCAUCUACGCAAGCGAUGUGUGCCGCGGCAUAUUGGCGUUGGAUUAAUAAUCAAGGAGAAAUACAAAUAGCAUUCAUUUCAAGUAAAUGCAGAGUGGCGCCGGUUAAACAGAUGUCUGUGCCCCGUCUAGAACUACAAGCCGCCCUUUUAGCAGCGAGGCUAUCUGAUACAAUUAUAAAGGAACACAAAACUGUACCGUCAGAAAAAUAUUUCUGGUGUGACUCGUCAACAAUUUUGCACUGGAUCAGAAACCACGAGCGUGAUUAUAAACCAUUCGUGGCCCACAGACUGGGAGAAAUUGAUGAGCUAUCAUUAACAAAGGAAUGGCAUUACGUACCUACUCAGAUGAACGUCGCUGACAUCGCUACCAGAGACACAUGUGAGUUAAGUGUCCUACAUAAGGAAUGGUUAUAUGGCCCCGAGUUCCUCUAUGAUGCACAAAAUUGUUGGCCCAAGGACAUACCUGAUGAAGUCUCAGAUGAUGUACUGGAACUUGUCUCCCUCGUGAGUGAAGUCAUUUCACUCCCUGUGCCGAAUCCUGAAAAGUUUUCUUCGUGGUUGCGCCUAUUGAAAACAACAUGUAUCGUAUUGUCUUUCAUAGAUAAGUGUAAAAAACUUACGGGUGAAGUCAAUGGCGACAUGAUGAGGAGACGUUCGCCGACGACCUGAAGCACCUGAAAAAUAAAAAGUCAUUAGAACGUACAAGUAAAUUACUUACCUUAUCUCCCUUGAUUGACGAGUACGGAGUUCUUCGGGUCGGCGGCCGCAUCGACGCUGCACCUGCAAUAUCACCUGAAAC